AUGUACAGAAUAGAUGUUUCAGAUUUUUAUGACUUCCAAGCCUUCAGAAAUAUGUGUCCAUUUAGAGACUAUAACAAAGCAGUCGAGAAUUUGAAACGUUUAGUCAUUUAUGUCGACUCUGCCCCAGAAUGUUAUGUUAUGAAAGAAUGGGAUGUUGUCUUUAACAAACCAAGAGCGACAAUAGUUUCAGAACAAGAAUGUAGACAGAAACUUAAGAAAAUAAAAGUCGUACAAGUUGGUAUGAAGAUGUUAGAUGCUUGGGAUAUCUUAUUGUCAAAGUUAGAAGAUUUUUCAGUUCGUGGUAUAAAGUUCUAUACACCAUCUCCAAACUUCUAUUCUAUCUUCACUGGAUAUAAAUACGAACAAGUAGAAUGGAAAGAAAAUGUUAUAGAAGCUUGGUUAGACCAUGUCAAAGAAAUUAUAUGCAAUGGAAACGAAAGAGUCUAUGAGUAUAUCUUAUGUUGGUUUGCAAACAUCUUACAACAUCCAAGUGCUAAAAAUGAAACUGCUCUCAUUAUAAUUGGAAAACAAGGAACUGGUAAGAACA